GCGGCGCGAGCGGAAGUGGCGACGCUGGCGUCCCGGGAGUCUGCGGCCGGCAGCAGUGACGGCCCCGCCAGUGACCGCCCCGGCGCUGACGGCGGCGGCCGAGGGGGCGGCGUGGACGCCCGCGGCGCCGGUUGGGGUAUCACCGCGGGCCUCGACCCCGAAAUGGCGCUGCUGGCCGAGCACCUGCUGAAGCCGCUGCCCGCGGACAAGCAGAUCGAGACCGGGCCCUUCCUCGAGGCGGUGUCCCACCUGCCGCCCUUCUUCGACUGCCUGGGGUCCCCGGUGUUUACGCCCAUCAAGUCGGACAUAAGUGGCAACAUCACGAAAAUCAAAGCUGUGUACGACACCGACCCGACCAAGUUCCGGACCCUGCAGAACAUCCUGGAGGUGGAGAAGGAGAUGUACGGGGCGGAGUGGCCCAAAGUGGGGGCCACGCUGGCGCUGAUGUGGCUGAAAAGAGGCCUCCGAUUCAUCCAGGUCUUCCUCCAGAGCAUCUGUGACGGCGAGCGGGACGAGAACCACCCCAACCUCAUCCGUGUCAACGCCACCAAGGCCUACGAGAUGGCACUGAAGAAGUACCACGGCUGGAUCGUGCAGAAGAUCUUCCAGGCAGCGCUGUAUGCAGCGCCCUACAAGUCCGACUUCCUGAAAGCGCUCUCCAAGGGGCAGAACGUGACAGAGGAGGAGUGCCUGGAGAAGGUCCGCCUCUUCCUGGUCAACUACACGGCCACCAUCGACGUCAUCUACGAGAUGUACACCAAGAUGAACGCCGAGCUCAACUACAAGGUGUAGGCGUGCCCAGCGGCGGCCACGCCGGGCCGCCUGCUGCCCCGCUCACCGCCACUCGCAGAAACAGACAAACCCGAAUCACUGUGAAUCCAGCUGGCGGGCCACCCCCUGGCCUGUGCCCCCAGAGCGGCCCAGAGCCUGGCUGGGGUCUGCAGGGGAGGGCCUCGGUUUGGUACAAGUCAUUUUUAGGGUGUCUACCCUAAGGGAGCAAUAAGUAACUACCCCACUUCCAAAUCACCUUUGAAUUUCACAGCAGCACAGACUGCUGUGCCUUCAUUUCAGUGUGGUAAAAAUCAAUUAACGUUGCUAAUGAAUCAAGUCCUAGGGUGUUUGGUUCCCCCCGACGUGGGGUGCAUGUCGGGGGGAGUCCCGUCAGGCCAUACACCUCACUUUAAACAGGAGGAUCCGGCGCAGUGAUGCUUGGGUGUUUUAAGGACCACAAGGAGUUUGAUUUGAAAUUAUUCAAGACCCUGUUGUGGAUUUUUUUUUCUUUUUUUUGAGCAAACUGGUGAGUGUUCUCGUGUGGCUGCGCCGGCCUCACGGCCUUGUCACCCUAGACCCUACUCUUCCUGUCUUUUUCCAGACAGGUUUUUAUAGCUGAAAACAACCAGCAAGCCUUUGAUAGCUAUGACCAAGGGGACUUUAUGUCACAGCUGUCGGGCACAAACAGUUGACCAGAGAUGACGGGAUUUGCGUUCUUCUGCGUAAUUGUUUUCUUCAGGGACAGCCCUUGCAACCUGAGAAACUGCCCACCCUGUGUGUUUUCUCACGGGGGAGGCCACGAGCCCCCCGGAUGCUGAGACCCCAGGAAACGCCUCGCUGCCUUAACUCUCCUUGCCGGCGCUAAAAAGAGCUGUAUUUUGGAAAGUGUUGGGGGUGAAUAGAAGAACCCCCAAACAACUGAUGUGUGUUAAAAACCCAAUGAGGAACAAUUGGUGAUUUUUAUGCAGAAACUAAAUAAUUCUUAAUAAACAAAUCUCUAUUUUGGAAUCA